CAACAAUCUCCAGAAAUGAAAGAGCUAAGACAACUUCUACAAGGUUCUCACUUCAAGGCCUUGUUAUUAGCUCAUGAUACUGUGGCCCAGAAGGAUUUUGAACCUACACUUCCACCCCUGACAGAAAACCUCCCUGAAAAUGAAGAGGCCAUGAGGAUUGUCUGUCUGGUGAAAAAUAAUCAACCUCUUGGUGCCACCAUUAAACGCCAUGAGCUGACAGGUGAUAUUACAGUAGCAAGAGUAAUCCAUGGAGGUCUGGCAGAUAAAAGUGCGUUGUUAUAUGCUGGAGACAAACUUGUAGAAGUGAACGGAAUCCCAGUCGAGGGCUUGGAACCAGAGCAAGUCAUACACAUUCUGGCUCUAUCCCAAAGCACCAUCAUGUUCAAGCUGAUUCCAGGUUCUGAUCGAAUCAUCAGCAAUCAAACAACACUCUAUGUGCGUGCAAUGUGGGAUUACUGCCCUCGUCAGGACCCUCUCAUUCCAUGUGUUGAUGCAGGGCUGCCCUUUAAAAAAGGAGAGGUUCUUCAGAUUGUAGACCAAAAGGACAUCCUGUGGUGGCAGGCAAGGAAAGUCUCCAACCUCAAAGCUUGUGCUGGACUCAUCCCUUCCAGUCACCUUAUGAAGCGGAAACAGCGAGAAUUCUGGUGGACUCCUCCCUUCUAUCCCCACUCUUGCCUCCAAUCAACAAACUUGAAUAUUGCAGAAGAAGAAGAUGACAUGCAGAUCGAUGAGAAGUGCGUAGAAACAGAUGAAGAGACUUUUGAGUCUGAGGAACUUAAAGAAGAAGAAGAAGAAUUCAUUGGAUCUGGUCAGCCGAUGUUCAUUACUGGGUUCCGGAGAAGUAUGCGUCUGUGCCGUAGGAAAUGCAAUUACAGUCACCUGGCAUGUCAGGCACAUUGUCUUAACAGUUGCUAUGGUGCUGUAGCACCACCUUAUGAAGAGGUGGUGAGAUAUCAAAGGCAACCAGGUGAUCGAAACAGAUUAAUUGUACUAAUAGGUCCUUCAGGUGUUGGUGUGAAUGAACUACGGAGACAACUUAUUGGUAUUAAUCCUCACCUGUUUCGAAAUGCAGUACCACAUACAACCCGUGCUCAAAAGAGCUAUGAAGAGAAUGGUCGAGAAUAUCAUUAUGUACCAAAGGAAACAUUUGAAAAUAUGGUGUACAAUUACAGAAUGUUGGAGUAUGGAGAAUACAAGGGACACCUCUAUGGGACAAGUAUUGAUGCAGUACAUGCGGUGCUUGAUGAAGGGAAGAUCUGCAUAGUGGAUUUAGAGCCUUAUAGUAUUCAGUUUGUUCGUACUCAUGAACUGAAACCCUACAUUAUAUUUAUUAAACCACCAAGUGUGAGCUGCAUGAAGCAGACUCGGAAAAAUGCUAGGAUAAUCACUGAUUAUUAUGUGAACAUGAAAUUUAAGGAAGAAGAUCUACAGGAAAUGGAAGAAUCAGCUAAAAAAAUGGAAACUCAGUUUGGACAAUUCUUUGAUCAAGUGAUUGUGAAUGACAAUUUACAGGAAGCUUGUCUGCAGCUGGUCUCUGCGGUGCACCAAGCCCAGAAUGAGCCACAGUGGGUUCCAGCCACAUGGAUAUGCUCAGGCUCUCAGGACUAGCCCAUCAUUUCAUGGGAUGAUAGGAUAAUUGUGUGCAAAAUCCAGCAUUCUGGGGAAGAUCCUCCCAGAGGCAUCAGUCCUAGGGGUGGACACUAUUUUUCUGGCAAUAAAUCUUUUGAAACUUUCAUUGGGUUUUAAGGCUGAGGUUGCUGAAGAUAUUAACAGAAGAUUAACAAAAGCUAUUACAAGGUGCAAGUAUGUUGGCUGCAUUUGCCUGUCACUUAAGCUAGGCUAGAGUAUAGGCUAUAUUAUUUUUUUAAAGAAUAAUUUUAUGGGGGCACAUAAUUGUGGGAGUAGGCCAGAUAUUAAAACAGUAGGAUCAUUUCUUUCCUUUCUUUCCGUCCAGGACAGACACUCCAGGGAAUGUUUACAACAUCCUUAAUGCAAACCUGCCUGCAGAAAACUUUAAAAAGCUAAGAACUAGGUCUCCCCUGCAUUAAGCUAGGAACAGUUG